AUGGGCGACGACGUAGUCAUAGCGAGUCCGGUCCUGGGUAACGCGCACCGUGAAAAACUGCGCCUCGACUUGAGCGAACCACACGUCAGGCGCCUCUGCCCAAAACGGCGGAAGUUUGACGGCGACGCGACAAACGUCCGUGUUGGUGGCGGCCGCAGCAAUAGAGGCGCCCGAGGUGGCAGGGACCGCUGGAGCGAAGUUUUGGGGGGCGUGACCCAAGUGGGCCGGUGCACGGUCGUCGGACGGGAGUGCUUCAUUUUCAUUGCGCUGCUGCUGUUCCCGGAGCUGCUGCUCUUGGUUCUGGAUUACUUGCUGCUGGGCCUGCAGUUGUUGUUGCUGCUGUUGUACUUGUUGUUAAAGGGCAGCACGGGUUUCCUCGUCGGCCAUGGUGAAAAGACCAUCGAUGACUUGGAGAUGACCGUGGUCCGAUGCAAGCCCGAGACCAUCAGUGUCCUUUGCAAGUCCACGAAGUUUAGCAAAGAAGAAAUAAAACGAAUCUACCAAGGAUUCAAACAGUCCUGUCCCACCGGCCUUGUGAACGAGAACACCUUCAAAGACAUGUACUGCCAGUUUUUUCCACUCGCAGACACUACACAAUACGCUCACUACGUGUUCAAGGCCUUGGACAAAGAUAGGGCUGGAGCGAUUAACUUCAAGGAAUUCGUCAUGGGCUUGUCGGUGCUGUCGCGUGGUUCGCCGCAAGAGAAGCUCCAGUGGGCAUUCAAUCUUUAUGACAUCAACAAGGAUGGUGCGGUGACUCGCGACGAAAUAUUUGAGAUAGUAUCGGCUGUUUACAGUCUGUUAGGGCAUUGCGCGGCACCACAUCCUGAGGACCAGUCUGCAAGGGAGCACGCCGCAAGAGUCUUUCAGAAACUGGACCUGAAUAAUGACGGCAUCGUUACGUAUGACGAAUUCAUCGAAACAUGCUUACAGGUGAGACAUUCCUUUUCAGUGCUACUGGAGGAGCCUACAGUGGGAAGAGUUAGCGAUACGAGUUAA